AAUGGAUGGGCGUUAACUUCAAAAAUGAUAAAACACUGUCUUCUUAUAAACCUCAAAAGGAAAAGUAUGAUGAUCCUUGCGUUACAACUCCGUUAGAUCCUCCUGAAGCAUCGUAUAGAUUCGAUUUCAAUGGAAAGAUAAUAGAUAAGGACUCUGAUGUUCCCUCACAUAUAGGUCUUCAUCAUCACGGUGCCGAGCCUGAUCAAGCUGGUUACACGAUGGGUGAAUUGCUUUAUCUAACAAGAAGUAUGGCUCCAAGUCAAAGAACUAUUCCUUUAAAUAUCAUUGGAAGAAUAAUAAGGAAAGUUAGAGUAGGUUAUUAUGGUAUUGAAACUGGAAGAAAAAUUAUAGAUUGGGCAAUUAAAUUAAAGCUUCCAGCUUAUCUACGAAUGGCAUUAGAUGAUAAAUUUGAGACUGUAAUUAUAGCUGCUGUCGAUGUUAUAUCUGCUUGGAUUAUUGGCGGAUCGAAUGAAUUUUAUCAAGAAGAGAAACUUUGGGAGAAAGCUAAUAGAUUAUAUC